CAACAGAGACGAUGAAGAUAUUAUUUCUCGGUAGGCGGUGCUUAAUAAGCAAUUAAAGUAGAAUAUGAAGAAAUAAGUUUAAAGGCAAAUGCGCUUGGAGGUGCUCGAGUUAAAAGAUUAAACAUUUGCUGGUCUCUUUCGACGAGAUUGUGGUCUGAACUGGUGGUUGCUUCAUCAUCUACAUUCAUUAAAUUGCUAAAAUAUAAUAUUCUGCACUUUCCUAACAUUUUAAACCUGCAAAUUUGAAAGAUGAGUGACCGAAGAGCUAGACGAGGCGGAGAUGACGAUGAUGAUUUAGCCAAACAACGUGAAAAGCGCAGGCUUGAGCGUGAAGAGCGGCGAAAGCAACGUGAUAUGGAAAAUAACGACGCUGAAGCUGAAAGGCAGCGACAGAGAGAAGAGAGACGAAGAAAAAGAGAAUCUGGAGAAGAUUCAAGCUCUGCAAGAUCUCGAAGGCAAGAAGAAGAGAUGAAAAAAAUGAAAGAGGAGGAAGAGCGAAAAAGAAAGGAACGAGAAGCUGAGGAAAGGAAACGAAAAGAGGCAGAAAAACAAGCACAAGAAGCAGAGGAAGAGGAAGAGGAAGAAGAAGAAGAGGAGGAGGAAGUAAAAGAGAAAGUAAAUGUUCAAAUUUCUCCAGCGAAGAAGAUUUCUACCGAUGGUCCUAAAACUGCCUUUCAUAAGAUUAAUGAUGACCGCAAACGUCGAAUCAUUGAUUCUUUGAUUGAUCGUCUGUAUGAGCUUGCUGAAGAACGAGAUGCCAAGAACAAGCCUGACAAUAAAAGUGCAACAUCUGGUGCAUCUAGUACAGAUAUGGCGUCUCUUGAUUUAAAAGUACGCUCACUGCGCACUCGUUUACGCAACGCAGAAAAUUGUACUGAAACUCUUGCGAAGCAAGAAAAAGAUUUAAAAGCAAAGAUUGAAGCCAACCAUCAAGAGGUUAAUCGUCUUCGUCAAGAGUUUGCUUCUGCAGAGGCAGAGUACAAUGAAGCAAUCAAGAAUGGUGCUGUUGUUCCCGCAGCUCCAAAACGAGGAAGGACUGGUGGUGCUGGAAAAGGUGCUGGCUUCUUUGACAUUGUUAAGAAAGCCCAAUCAUCUCUUUGGGAGGAUAAAUUCGAGGCAUUUAAAGCAAAGCAACGUGGAACUGCACCAAGCCAACCAAUGUGGGUUAACAAUCUACGCAAGAGUGACAACAUAAUUGGAACAACGGUGAUGAAACGUGAUGAUCCUGAGAAAAAGAAACAUGAAAAGCAUCAUGGCAGAAUCAAAACAAGCUUCAUAAAGCAGUCAUUGAUCCAAGGGCAAAGAAAGAAAUAGAACCUGCAGGUGCAAAAAAGCCCGCAUGGUCUGGUGUGUCAUUGAAAAAAGCUGAAAAGAAGUAAAUGGACAAUGGUGAUUUUGAAUUUAUUUCAAGCAUUGCACAUUCAAAAAAUUGAAGAGUAGGAGGAAAUCAUAUCAAAAAAUAAAACCUUUUAAAUUUAUGCUCAGUUCGUUAAAGUUAUUUAGAUUCCAUGCAAAAACCUCGUUUUUUUCGGAUGAACUUUUGCAACUUUUACAUUUGUACAAAUAUCUGGCACUUUAACUUUAGGCACUUUUCUUUGGCUUGAUAAAAAGUACUAAUAGAGUAGGAGCAGAUAUUUUUUGUAGGCAUCUGAAAAGGUCUAGUUUUGCGUUCUUCUUGUUAAGACUUUUGUUUUGGCCAUGUUCAAAUGGGUCACGUCUUCUUGCACUAAAAAACACUGUGUUUUUUUGCAAUUCAAAAUUAGUGAGUUCUAAUACAAAUUUGUCGAAAGGUA